AUGUCAAUGACGACUGCCAUACAACACAGUUAUAAUGAAGAAGAUGUUUCAGAAUGUGUAGAUUGGCAACUACCACUCUCGUUCGUAAAAAAACGUCAUACUGAAAAUAUUGAAGGAGAAAGCGCAACCACUCAAACAUGGAGAAUGAAAGAAAGAAUGAAAACAGUCAGUGUGGCUUUGGUAUUGUGUUUGAAUGUUGGAGUGGACCCACCAGAUAUUGUAAAAACUCAGCCUUGUGCAAGACUGGAAUGUUGGAUAGAUCCAUUAUCUAUGAGUUCACAGAAAGCUUUAGAAACUAUCGGUGGAAAUCUUCAAAAACAAUAUGAAAAAUGGCAACCAAGAGCCAGGUAUAAGCAAAGUCUUGAUCCUACUGUUGAUGAAGUUAAAAGAUUAUGUACUUCUUUAAGAAGAAAUGCAAAAGAUGAAAGAGUUUUGUUUCACUAUAAUGGCCAUGGAGUUCCAAAACCUACAACAAAUGGUGAAAUAUGGGUUUUUAACAGAACUUACACCCAAUAUAUUCCUCUCAGCAUUUUUGAUUUACAAACAUGGAUGGGAACUCCUUCAAUUUAUGUUUAUGAUUGUUCAAAUGCUGGUACAAUAGUUUCUUCAUUUAAACAAUUUGCAGAUCAACAUGAAAAAGAAUAUGAGGUUGCUGCAAAUCAAAACAGAGGAACUUCUGGAUCUAUUCCAAGUUUUAAAAACUGUAUUCAGCUGGCAUCAUGUGCAGCUAAUCAAGUACUGCCGAUGAACCCAGAUCUUCCAGCUGAUAUUUUUACUUCUUGCUUGACAACUCCUAUUAAAAUAGCUCUUAGAUGGUUUGUUAUGCAAACAACUUCAAAAUUAGUUCCAAAAAUUACGUUGGAUUUAAUUGAUAGAAUUCCUGGUCAAUUAAAUGAUCGACGAACUAUGUUGGGAGAAUUAAACUGGAUUUUUACUGCAAUAACAGACACAAUAGCCUGGAACACAUUACCCAGAGAUUUAUUUCAAAAAUUAUUUAGACAGGAUUUACUUGUUGCUAGUCUUUUUAGGAAUUUUUUGCUAGCUGAAAGAAUAAUGAGAUCAUACGAUUGUACACCAGUAUCUUCUCCAAAAUUACCUUCAACCUAUCAGCAUCCAAUGUGGCAAGCAUGGGAUUUAGCAUUAGAUUUGUGUUUGGCUCAAUUACCGGGGAUUUUAGAAAACGAUGAACCAUUUGUGCAUUCACCAUUUUUCGAAGAGCAAUUGACAGCUUUUCAAGUGUGGUUGGAUCUUGGAGGAGAACAUAGAAACCCUCCUGAACAACUUCCUAUAGUUUUGCAGGUUCUUUUAAGUCAAGUUCACAGAUUAAGAGCUCUGGAGCUUUUGGGACGUUUUUUGGAUUUAGGACCUUGGGCUGUAAAUUUAGCUUUAUCCGUGGGUAUAUUUCCAUAUGUACUAAAAUUGCUUCAGAGUUCAGCAAGAGAAUUGAGACCCCUGUUGGUAUUCAUCUGGGCAAAAAUUUUAGCUGUUGAUAGUACGUGUCAGUCAGAUCUUGUUAGAGAUAACGGACAUAAAUACUUUUUAUCAGUCUUACAAGAUACCAGUGUACCUAGUGAACAUAGAACUCUCUCUGCUUUUGUACUUGCGUCUAUUGUAAACAAUUAUCAAGCGGGCCAAGAAGCUGGUCUGCAAGGUUCUUUAGUAUCAAUAUGUCUUGAGCAAUUGAAUGAUCCAAAUCCGUUGUUACGUCAAUGGGUAUCAGUUUGUUUGGCUAGAUUGUGGACUAAUUACGAUCGAGCUAGGUGGUGUGGAGUUAGAGACAUUGCUCACGAAAAACUUUAUGCUUUAUUACAAGACAGUGAACCCGAAGUCCGCGCUGCGGCUGUAUACGCACUUGGAACCUUUAUAAGCUCAGUUUUGGAUAGAACGGAACAUGCUAAUUCAAUUGAUCACAGUGUGGCCACCAUGCUUCUUAAUGUUGUAUCUUUAGAUAUGUCUCCGUUAGUGCGACAAGAACUUAUAGUAGCAUUACAAUGGAUGAUACUACUAUUUGAAAAUUCUUUUAUUUCCGUGGCAUUGGCUGAAGAAUGUAAAAAUAAAGAAAGUCCUCUCAGUCCAAAUAUCGUAGUUGUUAAUGAUUUAUUGCUCUCACCGCAGUCCGGUUUAAAAAGAAUAGCUUCUAGAGAUAGAUUGGGUAAAAUUUUGCCAUCAAAUAGUAAUUACGAUGGAACAGCCGUAGCUGUAGAUUUGUUACCCUCUUCCUCCAUCGACAGAAUAAAAAGAGUGUCUUCUAGUUCAUCGAUAAGUAGUUUAGGUUACAAUCCUAAUACUUCCUUACAUCAAAUGCCGUUCGGAAGCAUUUAUACAAAAUUAUGGUACGGUUUAACCAGUUUAGAAAAUGAUCCAUAUCCUGCCGUUAGGAAAAUGGCACGGACGGUUGUAGACAAAAUAAGAGAGCAAAUUCAAGUUUUAGGCCGGGAACCUCAUGCAAGUAACAAAGACGUUCACGACACAAAAACGUCGUCUGUUAGUUUGCCUCCGUCUCCUUCCAACAGAACAUCUUAUCUCACAGAAGACUCCCCGCCAUCUUUAAUUACCGGUUCAGCGUCAGAUUUAAAUAAAUUAGCAAUCAGGUCUGCGACGCAUAUAAGUUUAAAAAUAAGAAAAAAUAUGCCCAACACAAUUAAUGAAGAAUCCGAUGAAUCUUCUAAUACGAAAAAACCGUUGGUGAGCACACAAUUCGUAGAAUGGAGUUCUAAAUAUUUUGCUCAACCUAUAAUGGGAAUACACGAUGAAAAUGAUUUAGAAUCUAAGUCUUAUUACGAAAAAGAAUGGAGGUACUUAAGAAACGCUUCUCUGAGAAAUGACUGCAAAGAAGAGCAAAAAAAAAUUUUGAACGGUAGAUUAGAGCAUCAGAUUUUCAACAGCAGAAGUCCUGAUUCUCCUAACGUUAUUAUGUUUCAUCCCUACGAAACCCAUUUGGCAGUGGCAGCAAAGGAUUAUUACGGGAUUUGGGAUUGGAACUCUGGCUCAAAAUUAUGUUAUUGCUCAAACAAAGCCGCGAAAGGAUCCAGAAUAACCGCAAUGCAAUUCGUCAACGUUCACGAUGUCACGCUUUUAUUGAACGGAUCCGACGACGGUACUGUUCGCCUUUGGUCAAAUUAUUUGCCGCGAGAAAACAGAGAACCGGAGUUGGUGACCGCGUGGCAAGCCCUGCCCGAUGUGACGCCAUCAAACAGAUCCGUUAACGGCGGAGCGGGUAUCGUAAUGGUAUGGCAACAGGAAUCGCAGCAAUUGGUCGUUGCGGGCGACACUUCGAAAAUCAGGUUUUGGGAUGCAGAAAAAGAAUUGAAAAUAGUCGAUUUGCACACGGGAACCGAAUCUUGCGUCACGAGCAUUUCUUCGGAUCCAUCUUGUUCUAACUUGGUUGUCGUCGGAUGCGGAGACGGAUCCGUACGAUUGUUCGAUCGAAGAUUAUCUCCUCAAGAUGCGAGAGUUAUGACGUGGAGAGAACAUUCUGCGUGGGUUGUCGGCGUUCAUUUGAAAGCCAAAUCCCCGGAGGAAGGGCGGCUUAUCAGUGGAUGCGUUGCCGGAGACGUGAGAUUUUUCGACAUAAGGAAAAACACGUCGGUGUGCACGUGUCAAACGUCACACGGUAUGACGACCAUGGCUGUUCAUAACAUGACUGAAAUAUUUUGUUGCGGUUCAGUGAGUCAAUUCAUAUCAGUGUACAAAACGACGGGAACGGAAUUGAACGUGAUUAAAUAUCACGAGGGUUUUAUGGGUUCCAGAAUCGGAACCGUGAGCUGUUUAUCACUUCACCCGUACAGAGUUGCUUUGGCUGCAGGCUCUGUCGACUGCACAUUGAGUGUCUUUUCCGGUGAUCCGAAAAGAUGA